UCAGACUGCUGCGUCUGAGAGAGUUGAGAACUCUGGUGAAUGAAAAGACGGACGCCAUGCUCAAAGCUUGCUCUCUAGUGGUGCUGACGCUGGUCCUCCAUCUACAGCUAUGCUCAUCAGCACCGACGCCUGCCAAAGUUGUUCAGGUGCGUGGAGCAAGACCAGAGGAACCUGCACCAGUAACUGAAGACCUCAGUAACCUUAUGGAGGAAAAAGAAGCAGACGAUGAGAAAGUCCUUACAGCUGUUCCGGGUCAAGCAGCGCCGUCUCCUGAUGAGGAAAACAUGUUUAUUGCCAAAGAACCAGAACCAAUUUCCAGUGAAGAUCACAUCUCUGAUGAUGAUUUUCUUGAAGCAGGUGAAUUAGCUUCCCAGGAGCCUUCGGCUGGAGCCCACCAUGAAUCUUCAGAGGAUGAAACUGUGUCUGAAGAAGCUGCCUUCGUGGAGUCAUCUCCAGAGGAAGCUACGGACAACAUCGCCCCAGCUGUUGCUUUUGAGAGUGAACAUUUUGUGGAGAAUACAGCUCCAAAAGAAGAGGAUUAUUUUGUUCCGGUUCCUGCAGAACUUGAGCGAGAAGAGGCCGGUCAAUGGGAAACCGCUGCAGAGGAACAUGCUUUAUUCGUUCCUGCUGACCCCGCCGAAGAGGACCUGAAUCGAGAGGAAACCGUCUUGAUCAUUGUGGAUCAAAAUGGAGGUACAGUUGAACCUGCUGCAGAACAAACGGCAUCGCAAGUGCCAUCCCCAGAAGAUCUGGUUGACUUUGCCCCUUUGGGUCCAACUAAAGUAGAGAAGGAGCUGAGAGAACAAGUUGUAGAAGAAUCAAUCCCCGUAGUUUCCCCAGAAGCACCAAAAGAAGAUGCUGCAGAGGGUCUGGUCCAAAUAGUCCCAGAAGAGGACCCUGCUACGAUGGAAGAAGCUCUCGCUGGUCCACCAAAAGACGAGCUGUCUGUCAGUGACACAGAAGAAAAAGGUCAAGUGGAACUGGCUGCAGAAGAAACAUCACCAGUCCUGGAAGAACCAGCUCUGCCUGGAAGGUCCAAAAGAUGAUGCUCCAGAGAACAACGUAGAAGUAGACGCCGACCCAUCAGAUACACAGGAAACUACCCCAGAAGAGGUCGCAGCAGGUGACAGCACGUCAGAUCUACUACUCACAUCUGUCACUGAGAGUGACUCCAAUCCAACGGGGGAAGUCCAAGACGCUGCGACCGAGAUCUUGACAGAAUCCCUGAUUGAAGCCGUCAAGUUCAGGGCUCUACGCUAAUGUUUUCCCCAAGGAGUACAUGUGCUCCUAAAUGAAAGAAUUCAAGAGCACACAAGAAAUUUAAGAGCACAGUGUUUUUUGUUGUUGUAUUCGUUUAAUAAACAAAGGUUAUGUAAUUACUGCGCCUAAAUGCAAAGGAUAUCGGUUGUCCAGCUGCUUUUAAAGGCCUAUAUGUUCUCCCUCUGUCGGCUCCAGUGGACGUUGAAGUCAGUUAAAUGAAGCAGUUCAGCUCUUACUAACCUGUAGUUUAUUUAUACCAUGGUUCAACAAAUAAGGUUACGGUUAAAUAAUAAUCCACUUAAACUGAGAAGUUAACAAAAAAUAUUCCACUAUUCCACAAGGAUAGGUUGAUAAAAUAACAAAAGCAGAAAUUAAUAAAUAAAGCAUUUGAAACGUA